CAACGUUGGGUCAAGAGAUCGUCGGCGUGGUCGCGUGCUCUGAUCAUUUUUGGGGCCGCUAAGGGCGUCGAGAGGAUCGAGAAUUGGCCAUCGGCUUUAGCAAACACGGAUUAAAAUGUCUGGAACGGAAGCUCAUGGCGGUAAUACGAGUCCAACGCGUCAGCCGAGACAGACCAGAAUUCACAGCGUCGGGUUACCGGCCCGAACAUCUCUACUUCCGGAACCUCCACCUACGGGAAAUGACGCUCCACCACCGAUACCGCGGCGCCAUUCCGCCGCACCCGCCGUAGCUCCACCACCGAUACCCCUGCGGCCGCUGGCGAUUCCAAAGCGAAGAAAGAACGAAAAACCGAUACCUGUACCGAUAUCAACGAGGCAGGAGAGUCAGCUAAAUCGACGGAAGGCCAGCGAACCGACGCCUCCAUCCACGACGAUACUUCCCACCUCUUGGAGCCACGACAACGAGAAGUUUAUCGAUCUGGGUCCCUUCCGGGCUCAAGAUCAGGGAACCGCACACGAGUAUUCGUUGAGCUUUCCGUCCAAGGAGGAAACGAGCGAGGAGAGUGAUUUCGUCGCGGACUUUGACAAGGCGAACUUCGAAGAGGACUGCAAGCUUAGCCAAAAGUCGAGCUUCGAGGACUUGCAGAAGGCUUCCCGCGAUCUCGAGAAGAGGCUGCACGAGAGGAUCGUCAAGAGCGCCGAGUCCAAGUUCAAAGAUCAUCAGGCUGGAAGGGAUGGAUGCCAGAGGCAGGGAGGGGGCGUGCUGAAUGCCAGGCUUCAGUCGUCGAAGCUGUGUAAAGAGAACGAGCUGGAGGGCUGCGAGGCAGCUGCCGACGGAAAGACUCAGGAAAAAUUAGCUUCUCCUCGACGGGAGCCCCUGCAAGAGGAUGAGGUAAAGUUCGCGGCGCUGUUGAGAUCGCGUCGCGAAGCAGCAAAGAGAUGCAAGUUCGAAGAGCUUCAAGCGGCCUCGAAGAAACUCGAGAGACGUCUGCACGAGGAGGAUGACUAUCUAGGCGCGAUUAAAGAGAGGCCAGUCACCAGGUACGAGGAGUUGCAAAGAGCUUCGCAAGAUCUCGAGAGACGUUUGCAUGCCGAUCAAAGAUCCCCAGAGGCUACGAUUCGCGGAAAAUACGAGGCGGAGAUGGACAGGGCCAGGUGUAUUUUGCAACAGAAUCUCAGAAAGGAGAGGAGUUGUGGCGAGAAAUUGGAGAAAUUGCCGAAGGCUACGCAGACGAAUCUUCCACCGCCUCUAAGCGCCAUUUCUCCGAGUCCUGUACCGAAGCCCAUCAGUGUUAGACAAGACAGCAACGUCUCUUCGGACAGUUUUAGUCAGACUAGCUCGCCAAGCUAUACCAGCAAGACAAUGGAAGCUCCUCUGUUGCUUCAUAAAUACGGCAAAGUUCCAGGUAGAGCACUAGUGUCUGAACCGGAUAGCUCGUCAGGCAGAACCAUAACAAAAUCAACCAGUACUCCGGCUAGUCUGCAGGCUAUAGUCAGAGUUCAUGGUGGUAACAACGGUUCUUUGCAUCAUAAGAUAAUCAGAGACAUGACCAGCAGUCAUUACGUGACCACCGGACGGCUUCGUUUCAGAUUCGUGCAAGUGUUCUUCAACGCUGUCGCGCUUCUAAUUAUUGCUGGAGGCUUGGCUGUAUAUUUCAAAUCUUAUCCCGAGACUGUCAUACGCUUGGAGAAUAAAACAAUCUACACUAGCAUGAUCGCGCUAACGGAAAAGCCAGAUUCGACGAUCGAAGAGAAGAACCCAGCACCGGGAGUAUGUUUGCCCAUAAUAGUGACGUUCUGCCAAUAUCACAAGAUUCCGUAUAAUUUCACCGUCUUCCCGAAUGACAUGGGCAAUUUCGGGCAGCGCGACGCUCAGCACGAGCUCGAGGUUUACGACUCGGUGAUCGACGUCAGAUGCUACGAAUUGGCAGCCCUUUUCCUGUGCAGCGUUUUUGUGCCGAAAUGCGGGUCCCGGGGCCACGUCGUGCGACCCUGCCGCAGCCUUUGUUUCCAAACCAAGAGACGCUGCGGGUUCUUCUUGAAUGUGUUCGGCCUGACACUGCUGGACUACGUGGAGUGCGAGCUUUUUCCGGAGAAUUCCAACCCGGACGAGUGCGUCGGACAUCACGAAGUGUUGGAGGCGGCUCAAAGGGCGGAGAAACCCGUAUGCACCAGCGGUUUUCAAUGCGACGGUACCAGAUGCAUUCCGGUCGACUGGCGAUGCGACGGUCAUUUGGACUGUGCCGAUCACAGUGACGAGAUUGGGUGCGGCGAAUGCAGUUCCUCUUCCUCGCCCACCGCUUCCGUCUUCAACACGAAGAUCGUGAAGAAGCCAAUUCUAGCGAAGAACACCAUCUCGAAAUCGCCGUUGCACUGCGGCGAAAGGAGAUGCAUGUCCGCAAGCCACAUCUGCGACGGUGUCAUGGACUGUCCUUGGGGCCAGGACGAACGUUACUGCUUGAAGCUGAGUCAAAGGAACGGGGACGUGGGCGAGGGAAGAUUGGAAGUUUAUCACGCGGAAAUGGGCAAGUUCAUGCCUGCUUGCAUCUCGCAUUGGGAACCGAACUCCGCUAAAACGAUUUGCUCCAUGCUUGGAUACACGGUGGCACUUUCGCCCAGGUUAAUGGCGCACGACGUCAACAUCACCCGAAAGAAUCUCAGAAGUUCGAAAACAAACCUUCUGAAAGAAUUCCAAGAAUGCAUAACGGAUCAGGAGAUUUAUCCAAAAGUUGAGCUCACGUGUUCGGAAUAUGCUUGUGGACGAAGGAAGACACUGUAUGGGAAUUCGAAGGUGAAGACUAGAAUUGUGGGUGGUGUUGAAUCGGCACCCGGUGAUUGGCCAUUUUUGGCAGCUCUUCUUGGCGGACCCGAACAGAUUUUCUAUUGCGCCGGAGUCCUAAUUGCCGAUCAGUGGGUACUGACAGCGUCUCAUUGCGUAGGAAACCACACCGACGUAUCUGGCUGGACGAUACAGUUAGGAAUUACCAGAAGACACUCUCACACCUAUCUCGGGCAGAAACUGAAGGUAAAAAAAGUGAUACCCCAUCCGAGUUACAAUUUGGAUGUCGUUCACGACAAUGACGUGGCCCUGUUCCAGUUGGAAAAGCGAGUCCAGUUUCACGAACACCUGAGACCAGUCUGUUUGCCAACGGUUAACAUGCAUCUGAUACCCGGGACACUGUGCACCGUCAUCGGUUGGGGGAAGAAAAACGACACCGAUUCAUCCGAAUAUGAACCGGCCGUGAACGAGGUACAAGUUCCAGUCUUGAACAGAGAGAUUUGCAACUUGUGGUUUGCGCACAAAGAAAUGAACGUCACCGAUGGAAUGAUCUGUGCUGGUUACCCAGAUGGAGGAAAGGACGCGUGUCAGGGCGACUCCGGAGGUCCUUUGCUUUGUCAGGACGAGAACGACAAGGAAAGAUGGUUCGUUGGUGGUAUCGUUAGUUGGGGGAUAAAGUGUGCUCACCCGAAAUUACCUGGUGUUUACGCCUACGUGCCAAAAUACAUACCGUGGAUCCGUAGCGAGAUGGCCAAGUACUCGAAAAAGAAAAUCACGAUCCGGUGAAUC